UCCUCGAACGCUGCACACGGUUCAAAGUUUGAUUAGUCGCUUGAUGAUCUUUGCAACGUAGAGGAGGCUUCCUUCUGCAUAAUCCAUUUUCGGGCUCUUUUGCGUGAAGUCAAUGCAAAGUAUGCGUUGGCUUUGGCAUAUCCUUGAGUUUGCUCUUUUCACUUGUACCACACUCGCAUUCCAGGAGCUCUGUAAUCGGUCCGAAAACAUCCAACAGGGUGAUUACAGAUUCAACAACAACGCAUGGGGCGAGGAUGAUUCUGGCUCCGUCUGCACAUAUGUUCCCAACAAUAAUUCCAAUUACUUCUACUCAGAAUGGGAAUGGAGUACGCAGCCCGCCCGUGUUCGUGCUUAUCCGCACAUCCAAUUCGAAUCGGAUCUGCUCCCUCUCACCUUUGCCAACAUUUCAAGUCUGAACUUCACUCUGAAAUGGGCCAUGUCUCCGGUAUCACUCAUUGCCAGUGCUUCAGAUGACCCAACUACCCACCCAAACGACGAUGCGUUGGAAGCAAUUAACGUCGAGGCAAACGUCGUUGCAGACCUAUUUGCAGAUGCCGAUAUGGUAGUAUCGCAACAAUCAGCAAACCAGACAUACGAGAUCAUGGUUUGGUUCGGCCGAUUCGGGAGCGCGUCGAAACCGAUUGGAAUGGAUGACAGAGGGCAGAUGGCUAUCACGGCUUCGGUCGGCGGUUUCAACUUCACUCUCUAUAACGGCACCAAUGGCAACGGCCAAUCGGUUUUUUCUUGGGUAUCUCCUUCCAUCUUGACAUCGUUCUCAGGAGAUAUGUCACCAUUUUUACACCAGCUCGCACGAUAUGGGUUGAUUCCGUGGGACACGUAUUUGGGCGUUGUUCAAUUCGGGACAGAGACUUUCUAUUCAAACAGCAAAGUCAAAUUCGCCUGCAAGAACUUCCAAGCAGCGUUGGGUGGCCCGUAUGCAGCCAAGAGGGAGCCGCCGCCCACUAUAACCGUCGAAAGUCUUCCAACCAAAGCAAGUGCCGCGAUGAAUUUGGUGGCUUUCAGGGGCGACAGCAUGCUACGACUGAGUUAUGCUGCUCUGUUAGUACACAUAUGGGCUUUUGCGGAUCUGCGAUGUCUUGGUAGCUUAUGACUGUUGCCUUGUUCUUGAUAUGACAUGACGUGCAUUUGUAUCUGAUACUUAGUUGAUACAUGAGUCUCUUGGGGUUUCUGACUAUUACAGAGACACGAGAUUGGGUAUCUACAAUGUGACGGGGUAGGGUUGGAAGGACGGU